ACCAAUGCUGACAUAUGUGGCAGAGUAGCCUAUCAGCAGUGAGGAUUUCUGCUCAGGCUUCUGCAGGGGCAGCUAAGCAGGACCUACGGCUCAUGUGCAUGUGUCAGAUUAGAUUCAUUCCAGUCGCUCUGUGCAACAGGGAGCUGGAGCUGAACCUCUUCUGUGCACGAAGACACUCUGCAAACAUGGCUGGUAAAAUUCAGAGUCUGACUGAGGAGGAGAGGGCCCACCUACUCCCCCUGCUACGCAACGCUCAGUGGGUGGAGGUUGUGGGACGGGACGCUAUUUACAAAGAGUUUAUUUUCAAAGACUUCAAUCAGGCUUUUGGUUUCAUGUCCAGAGUGGCUUUACAAGCAGAGAAGAUGGACCAUCAUCCGGAGUGGUUCAACGUCUAUAACAAGGUCCAGAUCACUCUCAGCACACAUGACUGUGGGGGGCUGUCCCAGCGAGACAUCACUUUGGCCACCUUCGUUGACCAGGCAUCACUGAUGUGAGCAACCCACAUUGUCAGUCAUUUCAACAGUGAAAACUGAAGUGCUUCGUAUAUUCAUUCCACUGAGGAAUCGGAAGAUGUGACCUGCAAAUCCAAAGAAAUUCCAAUGAAUUGUGAAUAAUGUAGCUGUAUGUAUUAGACUGCAAAGGGUCCAAUUUGUUUAAAAAAAUAUGUUGUUGGUUUUGCACUUGGUGAAUAAUUAUUAGCCAAAGGUUAAUGGUAAAAUGUUUACACAUUAAAGUCUUAAGAAUCAAGUUAUUUCUCAGCAACUAUUCCAUAGAACAUUUACAGUGGUACGUGUUCCUCUGUCACAUAACUAGUCUUUUGUGCCAUUGUUUUUGUACUUUACUGUUCAUAAAUGUUAUUUUCUGUCAAACUGUUCAUGUCAUAACUGAAAGAAAUGACCAGAAAAUGAUCUUCUCAUCAGACUGAAUGCAUUUUAUUGAGAACACUGUAGACAGUCUGCUCAACUAAGAGGGAUUGUGUUAACUGCUCAGAGUGGGUUAACAGUGUUUGCUAAACAAGGAUGUACGCUGACAUGAACACAAAUUUUUAAACCUGUGUACAUUCAGAACUUCAUGAGGACAUAGUGUACAGGGGUGGACACAAGUCAGUAAGACUUUACAAUAUAAUGCAAUUCCAGUACCCCUGUUUGUCUUACUUUGUCCACCUUGUGUAUGUUUGAAAGACCAGUGGACCUCAAUGAAGUUAUGAAGCCAAAUCCCUGAGGAUGUUAGAGAGAAAAUCGGCAAUGACGUGAGUUCAAACCUCCGAAAGCACAGAGGUGAACGCUCAUUCUUGCUACAUUGUCACCAAUCUGCAACGUAAUAAACCUGUUCCAGUUUGUA